AGCCUUCAGCAUGACUCCAAACGCCACCGCUGCACCUGCCCCGUCUUACGUGCCCCGCACCGUGGCCAUGAGAAAGGAGGCAAACGAACAGAGAAAAACCCUGAAACCCUUAGUGGAGAAGAGACGCCGAGCGCGCAUCAACGACAGCCUCAACCGUCUGAAAGCGCUCGUCCUUCCUCUCACAGGCAAAUAUAACCUGCGUUACACCAAACUGGAGAAAGCUGAUAUUUUGGAGAGGACUGUGAGAUUUCUGAAGGAUACCCAGUCCAUCCCAUCUGAAGACAGCACUGUUAGUUUUGAAGAGGGCUAUAAAACCUGCCUGCAGCGCGUUUCUGCGCUCCUGCCGCAAACCGGCCUGGAUGCUGACAAGCGCCAGUGCGUCAACGCGUUCAUCCAGCGCUCCAUGAAACCCAGCAAGCCAGCCUGCGAAAACUGCUGCGCACAGAGCUCCAGAUUCAUGUCACAAAUACAAGAAAAACUGUUGAACCUCAAAUCCAGCAGCUCGAGAAACGCCGACCAAAGCAACUCUACGACUCUCUCGCGAGCUCAGCCUUCAGCGCUGAUGCCCGAUGCUCAAGUUUGGAGACCUUGGUAGAUGCAUCCAUACAAAGGACUUUUGCUACGAUCCUUCAGUUCAAACGUGUACAUAUUUACGGUCGACAUGUAGUCUUAAGAAUCGUGUCAAGUUUGAUGAAAUGUACGAUUCAUCAGGUCACGCAUAAGUAUUGAAUACUUGUUUAUUUCCAGUCCAGUGUAUAGCGGAACGGACCCGUUCAGUCAGUGCGUUUUGUUUUCUCAGAUCCUGCGCGUAAUGUGUGUAUAUAACGCGGUUAUAGAUUCGCUCCGGUCUGCGGGCCUAAAUGGCCGGUGCUCUCGAAAACGCCUUAGUAAAACCCCAGGGGUUGUUCUUUGUAAAACAUUUGCUCUUCACACUAUGGUGGGUCGAUGCAGAUUAUUUCUGUAAACACACUGUGUUAUUCACUAAAAUCUCUUCUGGGGGGAUGUGCUAUUUAUUGCAUUGUUUAUUUAUCUAUUGUGU